AUGUUCUCGACCCAGGGAAACCUGACAAGGCACCUUUUGGACCAACAUGCUGAAUUGAAAUUCUGGUACAAGAUGCCGUGCAACAAAGUGCUGAAAUACAACGUAUUCAACGGCAAACGCCACAUGGGUAAAUGCCUCCCAUGCCAGAAAGUCCAACCGCCGGCUGCAAUAGAUUCUCAGCAGACUCUCUUGCUCAGCACCGAAGAGCCGUUUCGGGCCAACGCCGAAGAGACACUUUCGCUCAACACCGAAGAGAUGUUCUCGUUCGACAUCGAACAGAUGCCCUGGCUCAACACCAACGAGGCGCUCUCGUUCAACACCGACGAGCCUCUCCCGAUCAACACCAACGAGGCUCUUUCACUCAAAACUGACGCAGCGCUUCCGACCAACACCGAGAAGAUGCUUUGGCUCAUCAUCGAUGGGGCUCCAUGGAAGCCCAAGGUCUUCGUCGCUCAUAGUCAGCUCACAAAGAAUGACGUCGAGUAUAUCUUGAACUGA